AGACCACUCCGUGAUACCAUCGCUCAGCGAUAACUAAAAUCACGCUUUACUGACCUGCGAGGUUAAAGUUCACCCUACCACAGCCUUCAGCCGCAAGUUUCGCGCGCAAAAAGAAGGCAUAGUCGGUGAUUAUGCAGUUGAUGUAGAUGCAAAACGUCUAGUGCCGAAGGUGCGCGUUCUGGUCCGAUCGCUGAGCAAGCGGGGUUCGAGUUUUCGAUCGGAAAGUAUGAAGUAUUGAGAGGACAGGGAAGGAAGUUUAUCGGCGCGAAUUCUUUGGGCGAUUGAUUGAUCGGUUUCGGUUACCGAUGGUAGAAGGAAGACAAAAUAAUUGACGGAAGUGAUGGUGUAUACAAGUGUGUGAUAACAGUGCUAGGAUUCAUCGCUCGAAGACUAAUCGCCAAGUGUUGUUCACAUUCAAAUCGCGAUGAGAAAUUUACGCACAUUUCUCGUUGCCCUGCUAUUCUGCAAGGCUCAGGGCUAUGCACACCUACUCGAAGAAGAAAAAGAGCCAACAUUCCUGACCGCCACCGUCGGCGGUCACAUCGUUUUCAACUGUGACCUCGACUUUCCGCACGACCUACCAAUCCCCUACAUCUUGCGGUGGAAUCAUGAGGGGGCUUUGGUCUAUUCGUGGUACGACGGUGAGAUAAUCGAGACUGAUGACUACGCCGGGAGAAUUCACCUGAUCGGGGAUGGCGGGGGCAAAGGAUACGGACAAGGGAGUAUCAAUCUGACCAACAUUCGCGAGACGGAUCAAGGAUGGUACGAAUGUCGGGUUAUAUUCCCAAACAGGACGCCGAGCUCCAGAAACAACGGGACGUGGGCUCACCUGACGAUAGAUGUUGGAGCAGACGGUGCCGGGAGUCCGAAUACCUCGAGAGAAGUGCAAAUUGACGAAACGCGUGGGCAUACCGGUGUGCCCCUGCGGCCACCGAUUGUUACAGGAGAAAAUUUGCUGGCUGUACCGCCCAUAAAUCAAACCACAAUGGAAGGUAACACCGCAAACUUCGCCUGCGUCACCAAGAACACGAGUUCGGUGGUCAACUGGUAUCGAGACGGGAUUGCGAUAGCGGAUAUCGAGGAUCUUCGCGAUCGGGCGACCAUUCGCAGCGAUGGGACACUCACUAUCACCUCAGCCGCCAUGAGCGACCUGGGAGAAUACACCUGCACCAUUACCAGCCCGAACAACGAACGGCAGAGCGCCGCUGCCUUCUUAAACGUUCAGUACAAAGCGAAGGUUAUUUACGCUCCGCGAGAAGUUUACCUGCCCUAUGGGAGACCCGGACUUUUGGACUGUCACUUCAGGGCGAAUCCACCAUUGACCAAUCUACGCUGGGACAAGGACGGAUUUCUCUUCGAUCCGUACAACGUUCAAGGGGUGUUUUACAGGCGGAACGGAUCUUUGUACUUCAGCAAAGUCAACGAGACGCAUUCAGGCAGUUACACCUGCACCCCGUUCAACAAUCUUGGAACCGAGGGUCCCAGUCCGCCGAUCAAUGUGAUAGUGCAAAGGCCGCCUGUUUUCACCGUAACUCCGCAGAAUUUUUACAUACAAAAACUGGGCGAGAGUAUUGAGAUACCAUGCGACGCUAGAGACGGUGAUCAGACCCAUCGUCCAACCAUCGUUUGGUUCAAAGACGGGACGCCACUUUCAUCGGAUCGGGUAGCCAUCAACGGAGGAAAUUUGACGAUCGAACGGAUCCAGGAGGAGGAUCGAGGUGUCUACCAAUGCGCGGCCAGCAACGAGGCAGCCACAGUCGUUGCUGAUGCUGAACUCAUGGUUCUGGACGCCCCGCCAAGAGCGCCGUACAAUUUGAGUGCGACAAGCAGCAGGGACACUGUGAUAUUGCGAUGGGUGCCAGGCUUUGUGCGGCCCAAGAUGGAGUACUCGGUUUGGUACAGACCAACCGACACCUCCGAAUGGCGGACGAUGAAAAUUUUGUCCCGAAAGACAACCGAGGCCACUAUCAACAACUUGACCCCUGGUCGUGAGUACGAGUUCAUGGUCCUGAGCAAGUAUAAACACGGGGAUGGAAUGUUCAGCAAAGCUUUACGCAUUUACACCAAACCAAGUGUCAUUGAUGAGAACUCUGCUUCAGAAUUCAGGAGUCCGAAAGAAUCCUCUGAAUACAUGAGCACCCCGCGGAAUUUGAGGGUGCAGCCAGCGGUUGAAGGUUACUUGGUAACCUGGGACCCUCCAGCGCACGGAAGCGAGCUAGUCAGAGUGUACACGGUGAGAUGGUUCCGAGGACCGUUAGAGCAGCUCUAUGGAAUGGCUGAAACCACCGACACGUCCUACUUGGUGAAAACACUCGAGGAGGAGAGCUACUACACUUUCGAAGUCACCGCGAUGUCGCUGUCCGACGAUUUCGCGACAAGCGAUCGUUUCGGCCUAGAAAUUCCGGCCUACAGGAGAAACAGGGCCAUCUCAAUGGGUAUCGUGGCAGGGAUUGGUUUUCUGGCGGCCGCAUUGGCCGCCGUCUGGUGGGCGAGGAAGAAAUUCUGCCGGGGAUUAUCCAACGAGAAAUAACGCUGAUUAUCCUCCACACUCGCGGCGUAAUCGGGUGUCGGAAGAAAAUUGUUACUACGACGUGAACGGAAGUUGAGUCUGGACAGAAAAGCAGUAGGUUAGGUGAAUAGAAAGGGAAAAAGAAAUUGAAAAUUCGAGUUUUACCGCACAGUGUUUGUCAAAUUUUUUAAACAAUUUUUCACGAUUCGAGUCGUUUCCGUUUCCGGAUUAAUCGACUCCUAGAUAACAUGUUUUUAUUCAGUCUAUGUAAUGGACAACGUAUAAAUAAAUGAACAUCGUUAUGUAAUUUAAAAAUCA